AUGCGUUUCACCAGCAUCUUCGCCCUCAUGGCCGCGUCCGUCGCCGUCGCCCAGACCUCCGCCGACGAGACCACCACUACCAUGACCGCCACCACCACCAAGACCGUCACCAUCACCAAGUGCAACCCGACAAACACUGCCUGCCCCCUGUACACCCCGACCACGACGAUCCUGCCCACCAUCAACUCGACCACCAGCGUCGUCGUUCCCUCCACCACCUCUACCUCCUCCACCUCCUCGAGCCGCUUCUACGCUGCCUCCAACUCUACCACCUACGGCCCGACCGCCACUGCUCCCUGGACCACCAAGUCUUCCGUCACUGCCAUCAAGACGUCGGCCGACUCUGGCGUUGCUCCUUCCUCCGGUGCCCCCGCUACCACCUCCGCCCCCGCCAGCGCUGGUAACGGUCUUUUCGUCCAGAGCGGUCUGCUGGCUGCUGUUGUCGGCCUUGCUGCCAUCGCUCUCAACUAA